CAUCUAUAACAAAAUCAAGCAGUUAUUUACCUGUUUUCCGUUGGAUAAAAAGGCUCGUUUCAGUAUAGACUUGACACAAUCGCGGUUUGUCUUAUCGCUCAUGUCGCCUGUUGAUUUCAGCUGGUCUCUUGAAUCAAAGGACGACGUCUUUUAUUUUACAACAAACCAUAUCAAAAAGUCACAGAGAUGGUAUCAAUCAAUCUAUCAAGCCUUGCCUGCCCAAGCCAAGAAACCACUGCCCAAGUCGAUUGAGUUAAACAUACCUGAACUGGACAUGACCAUUCAAUUACCGUUGCAUGAACUUGUGGCAGAAAACAAUGUUGCACUCAAGAGUAUCCGAGAUAGUGCAUUAGCCUUGUUGCAUCGCUAUGGGUAUCGACCAAGUGAUUGGAACAAACAAAGUGUUGGGUUAUGCUGGUACUAUCCGCCCCUUCAACACCUUGAUUGGGCUAUUGUGCCAUACCAUGAUCAAGGUGAUCUUAUUCAACCAAGAUUGAUUGAGGGAAUCCAUCGCUUGGAACUGAGACAUUGGCAUAAGCGUCAAGAACCUAGGCCUGAUACGCCUAUCUUGAUUGAAGGUUACUUGACACAUCGCCAUAAAAGAGUUAUGUAUGCAAAAAACAUGGAUCAUUAUUUAUUGUUGUAUAAAAUCACAAACAGUCUCUGUAAGACGAAAAAGACAUCACCCUUAGACAACACCACAGCAGGUAUCGUGGGUAUGGUGGACCUAACCAAGAUGAGGCGCAACCAACUCUGGAUUGACUUUGAUCAACAUCAAUACACAUUUGAACCUAUAACACUCAUUGAAUCUCUUUAUGUACCUGCUUCUUACUCUAAAGUAGUGGUAAGUCACUGUGUGUGUGUGUAUAUUGAGAUAUAUAACGAGACUAUAGAAAUCAGAUGUUCUCUAUAUGAAAUCAAACAUGAGUCGCCUCCAUACAUUUCAACAAAAACAAUGUAUUCUGACCGCAUGCGGUCAUUUGCUGGUAUUCAAAAAAAACAUGUUGGUGUCGAGAAUAGCAUUGAGGAAACAGCAUUGCUUUGUCUAUAGUGGAGAAGCAUGUUGUGCUUAUAUUCAUUCACUGCCUACUGAUUUACCUUCUCGUCUAUUUGAAGCAGGUACAAUUGUAGAGCAAGAAGAACCUCGUCGAUGUUGCUUUGUUGUCUUGUAUAAGAAAAAGCCUUUUAUUUUCCUUACUCGAACAUGUCUUCAAAAAGAAGCAUGGGUUCAUUCUAUUUAUUCAACUAUGGCUAGAUAAAAAUCACAA